CUCAGCUCAGUGCCUCAAAGGCCGGCCCGCUGUCUGGUCGACCCACGACGCAUCCGGAGGGCUUUGCUCCGGGCGGCACGUCCGCCUGGAACACGCUCUGAAACUCUCAGAUUAGUACUACUAAGUAGGUAGGCUAUCGCUGUAGUAGCAGUACCGCUCUAGGUCUCGCUGCCGGAUCCACACCAGCUCGGCCCCAGGGCAGGGCUCCGUCCGGUGCCUCCUCUAGUACUAAGUUAGGUACUGCGUACUGGUAACUGCACCUCGCCCGGUGCUGUCUCUGUCCGGAUCCUGCGGUAUUUCGCCUCGACUCCGUCAUCGCCGUCCCUUUUCCGCUUCUCUUACUUGCCAUUCUACUACCUUACGUACCUAGCGUCCACCCCGGUAGCCUUAUCCUCGGCGCAUUAGUAGCUCCGAAACGCCGCCUCUUGAGCUUCCAAGGCAGUACGUCUCGCCCGAGCUGCCCCUCCCGCAGCAUCCGUCUCCCUGACGAGCUACUCAUACUUCUACUGCUGCCUCGCCUGCCCCUCGGCUCCCCCCGCGCAAGCCAGACACACGAGCUGAUCCUCUCUCCUCGUCUCCAGGACCCCCCUCCACUUCGCAUCUUGUGCCUCCCCAUCGCAACCAUGGCGCCCGCCAACACCCUGCCCGCGUGGUCUGAGCUUCAGACGCACCGCGAUAGCGUCGGCAAGAACUUUGUUCUCAAAGAGGCCUUCGCCUCGGACCCCAAGCGCUUCGACCGCUUCACCCGCACAUUCAAGUCGGACGGCGUCUCCGCCGACAUUCUGUUCGACUUCUCCAAGAACUUCCUCACCGAUGAGACGCUCGACCUCCUCGUCAAGCUGGCCGAGCAGGCCGGCGUCGCCCGCAAGCGUGACGCCAUGUUCGCUGGCGACAAGAUCAACUUCACCGAGAACCGUGCCGUCUACCACACCGCCCUGCGCAACGUUGGCGGCUGGGACAUGAAGGUCGACGGCGUCGAUGUCAUGAACGCCCCCGGCGGCGUCAACGACGUUCUCAACCACAUGAAGGAGUUUUCGGAGCAGGUCCGCAGCGGCGAGUGGAAGGGCUACACGGGCAAGAAGCUCACCACCAUUAUCAACAUCGGCAUCGGCGGCUCCGACCUCGGCCCCGUCAUGGUCACCGAGGCCCUGAAAUACUACGGCGCCCCGGACAUGACGCUGCACUUUGUCUCCAACAUUGACGGCACCCACAUGGCCGAGGCCCUGCGCAACUCGGACCCGGAGACGACGCUCUUCCUCGUCGCCUCCAAGACCUUCACCACGGCCGAGACCACGACCAACGCCAACACCGCCAAGGCCUGGUUCCUCGAGAAGACGGACGGCAAGGGAGACAUUGCCAAGCACUUUGUCGCCCUCUCCACCAACGAGGCCGAAGUCACCAAGUUUGGCAUCGACAGCAAGAAUAUGUUUGGCUUUGAGAGCUGGGUUGGCGGCCGCUACUCGGUCUGGAGCGCCAUCGGCCUGAGCGUCGCCAUCUACGUCGGCUUCGACAACUUCCACAAGUUCCUUAGCGGUGCCCACGCCAUGGACAAGCACUUCCGCGAGACGCCCCUCAGGGAGAACAUUCCCGUCAUCGGCGGUCUGCUGAGCGUGUGGUACUCGGACUUUUUCCAGGCCCAGACGCACCUUGUCGCUCCUUUCGACCAGUACCUGCACCGCUUCCCCGCCUAUCUGCAGCAGCUGUCCAUGGAGUCCAACGGCAAGUCAAUUGCCUCUGAUGGCUCCUCGGUCAAGUACACAACCGGCCCCAUCCUAUUCGGCGAGCCCUGCACCAAUGCCCAACACUCCUUCUUCCAGCUCGUCCACCAGGGCACCAAGCUCAUCCCCACCGACUUCAUCCUGGCAGCCAAGUCUCACAACCCCAUCUCCAACAACCUCCACCAGAAGAUGCUGGCAUCCAACUACUUCGCGCAGGCCGAGGCCCUCAUGGUCGGCAAGACGGACGACCAGGUCCGCGCCGAGGGCACCAAGGACGACCUGGUCCCGCACAAGCGCUUCUUGGGCAACCGUCCGACGACGUCGAUCCUCGUCGGCGGCGCCAUCGGCCCGGCCGAGCUGGGCGCCCUCAUCGUCUACUACGAGCAUCUCACCUUCACUGAGGGUGCCGUCUGGGACGUCAACAGCUUCGACCAGUGGGGUGUCGAGCUCGGCAAGGUCCUGGCCAAGAAGAUCCUCAAGGAGCUCGACGAGCCCGGCAACGGAGAGGGUCACGACGCCUCGACGGGCGGCCUCAUUGGCGCGUUCAAGAGCUUCGCCAAGAUCUAAGCUCUAUGAUUACGAAUGCCGGGAUUCUUUUUGGGUAUGCGUUUGUCGAGCCUACGUGCAGUAGCCGCCAUGAGCGUCAACGACCUUAUGAGAGAUAUCGCGGGCGAGAUGACCGUUGCUACGGUAGCCUGGUCGCAUCAUGGGAAAAAAAAAAGGAACGGGGGCGGGAUGGAUAAAGUGUUGAAUUUAAGAUUGUCCUCAAACCAGAACCUGGAGGCUCAAAAAUAUACGUAAUACGCAUG